GGUAUAUUACUAUUCUUAUGAGGUUUAUUAGCCAGUGUAGUCGCAGCGCAGAAAGCAAACAAGAGGACAGCGCGCAGAAACCGGACACGGCUGGAUGUUUUCAGGCCCAGGAUGGCCCAUAAGAGAUUUGCUCAAAUUCCCAUGUCUAAGCGCAUGCGAGAGCUCUGUAAAGAGGAAGAUUUUGCUUUCUUAAAAAGCCAACCAGAUCAGGACCAAAGUUCAGAGGAAAGCAAACUCCAAGAGAGUCAAACUCAGAAAAAGCUAGAGAGGGACCACCGUCAAGAGGAACGACAGCUGAAGGAACAAGAGAGGCAACGUGAGAUAGAGGAACAGAAGAAGGUACAAUGUCAUACGGAGAAAGAAGAGAAGUGGAAAAGUCAUGUAGCCGAGCUGGCGGUCAAACGCGAGGCCAUUCACGCAAAACUGCACAGACUACGAGAAUUCAGGGACUUUCAGAAAAAAGUUCUUCUUCAGGAUUUGGAUCCUGGCUCUACAAAUGAAACCAUCAACCAUCUCCUGAUGAGGCUGUAAUCGUGUUUAUUACACAUUAAACAAACGACUAAACUGUCUCCACCCAAUCCAUCCAAAUAUUUAAAAUGUUAACAGAGCAGCUCUAUAUGAUAUACUGCAGGUGUGGAAGAGCUCCGAUAUCUUCUGAAGAUGUGAUAAUAUUAGAACGUGUCUAAGAAUAACAUGAGUGAAAUCUUAUCUCUACGUCGCCUUCAAAGACGCUAACCAGAGUAAAACACUUUGUCAGACUACAAUACAGUGAGUUGUGUUUCAUUCAACCUUCGAAACGAUUAAAUAACAUAAACUCACUGACUGUGAGGUAAUAAAUCACAACCAUUAAAUGAAUGUCUGUCACAUGUCCUGUAUUAUACUGUAAUAAUGCUGCAGAUCAUAUAGAGGGAGGUGCUCAGAAUCAAUUAAUUGUCAUGAGGUCUUUCGUUCUUUUAUGUAACCUUGAAGAUCAUAAAAGCACAAAGGCUAGAGAUGGAAAAUAAAAAAAGAGUAAAAUAGUGAAGAAAGGAAGUAGCAGAAAGGAACAGGUGGCUCCUGUGGUGCAUUAUAGGAGAAUAUAGAAGAUUCAUGUUUCAGCAUGUCUGACCCCUGAGGGCAGGAAAAUGCCACAGUCUCCAGUGUCACACAUCUCCAGUGAUAUCCCAGAAUUCCUUUCUGCACAUUACAGCUCUGCCUCCUCAACGAUGAUAGAUUACCUUUAUUUGCUAUGCUCUGUUUAUGCCAUGACAUCCUCACUAAAUGU